AAUGGGACGGUAAACUUGCAAAGCGAAACAGUCCGGUACCUUUGGCUUUUACUGGUGCCAAUGUGACAAGUCGGGAAGAAAAGGGGAAAAGAAGAAAAUCGCAUCAAAUUUCCUUUGAAUAGUCGAAAUGGAAACGCGUUAAGGUGUUUUCCAAGGUUUGUUCAAGCAAAGUAGAAAUGGCAGCUCUAAGCACGAUUUUCAUUUAUCUGUUAUGGUUAAAUCUUCUCAUACUUGGUAUAGGAUGUAGCCCAAUCGUUUCCCCAUUCUUCAAACCACCGCCAGGCCAAGGUUACGAAAAGGAGCACGCUAUAAAAGAUAAAUACUAUGAGAACUUUUACGCGAAAGGAAAGAAAAACAACAUCGCAAAGCUGCCACAUCGCCUUAGCAAACACCAAAUGCAGUUGACGAGAGACGCUCUACUUAAGGCCACCUCGGCCCAGACUACCGCGCUGGUGGCCGCUGCACAGGCAGCCCGAUCAUCGCUUCAAAUAGCUAGACUGGCAAAAAAAGCACAAGACUUGUCGGUGAAAAGAGCCACAUGGGCGUUAGAGACGGUGAGGACGGCAGCCAAGGCUGAAGAGGUCGCAGUAAAUGCUAUAGAGACGCUAUUUAUGUGAGAGCAGAAGUGGCUGUAGUCAAUGUUAUAGCAGAUUAAUGGCAGAAGAAUAGGGGACUUGCGCUAAAAGAUGACCCGACUUUUUGGGUGGCAAACUUGCGCGCGCUCAGGGUUUUUACGGCAGCCAGAAAGGGCUUAUUUCCAUUGAAAGUUUUUUAUAUUUUCGUCCUUGUCUGGCGUGAAGGCCACAGCCAUUUCUGGGGUUUAUUUUGGAUUGAAUUCGCCAAUUGCCAUGCAAAAAGUCACGUGACUUCUUAGUGCAAGUCCCCUGCGACGCGCGCGUGAAACUGAUGACAGGCGUCAAAAUUGUAAACAAGACGACAAAGUUUGUUUUUAUUCUCGGUGACACGCGCGCAUCGCAAGGAUUUGUGGGAAAAUGUAUGGAAGGUGAAUGGAGAAGACGUCAGCAACUCUCAGAUGGCCGGCAAGUCAUUGUAAUACCAGAAAAAAUGUAGUCGAAAAUAAGUAUGAAAAAUUAUAUAACACGCCAACUGAAACAA